UUUUUUUUACUUCUCCUCGACAAUAUUCCACAUGGAUACCACCAAAGUACAACUUAAUAAACAAUGUUUACCUGAUGUACGAAUAGAUAAAUCAAUUGCCUUGGAUCAUGCAAAUAAUCUAAAAGAACUUGCUAAAUAUCGACAAUCUUUUGGCUCUCAACGCAAGUUUUGGGUCGACGUGGCUGUUCUUGAUCGAUUGAAUUACAAGAAUAAAAACCAACAACGGCAUUUUCAUAGAUUUAAACGAACUUGUGAAGCUCGACGAUUGUUAAAAAGAUUCAAAACUUUGGAAAUUGACAAUACAUUGAUUCAAUUACAAUCUCUCUUUUGGUCUGGGAUACCAAAGGAUCGCUAUACUGCUCCACCCACUACUAUUCCAUGUCGUGAAUCUUGUGAAUUUGCUUUGCGAAAAAUGAUUGCUGCUGCUGUGAUCCUCGACAAAUUACAAGUAGUACUGGUUGAAGUUUAUAGAGAAAACAGUACACUAUUACGAUUGGAACAUUUUGUAUCAGUGGCUUUAGUUCAUAUGUCGAUAUGCGCAAGAUUAUAUACUUUAGCACAUAAAUGGGUCAAUGAACUAGAAAAUUGUUAUAAAUUGGUUCAAUCAUGGCAUCUGGCUUUUCCAUACGCGUCUAAAAAGAUCAAGGCACAGGCAAGCAUGGAAGAUUAUCCCAACAAAUGUACAUCAUCGACAAUGGAAGAGGAAAGGAAAAAAGCUAGAGAAUGGAAUCAAAUUCGACUUUCUUACAAAAACCCUAUUCAUUUUGAAUUCUUUUUGACUCAUCAAGCGGAUCAAUUACCUACUCUCUUACAACAACAACAACAAAUGGAUAUAGAUUCAGAAUCUCAGAAUCUUGACUUAUUGGAGAAUGACAUCAAUGAUGAUUUGGAUGAUCUUGGAGAAAUCAUUGCACGAGAUUAAACAUGUAGAUAUACCAUUAGAAAUGACUUUAUAUUUAGUUAGAUAUUGUAAUUUGAUUCCUUUGUCC